AUGUCGCUAAUGGGUAAUUUAACAGCGGUGACCCAGGCCGCCGUGCGUCUGGCAUUAUCAAAGACCGAGGCAAAAGAAAUCGAGCGUGGUGAACACAUGUCCCUGGACGAUGAUGUAUUACCAUUGGUCCUUAUCUCAUCGGGAAUAGAACUAGAGAGUCAGCAGUGCGUAUACGCAUUAUUUGCACUCACAGCUGAAUCGGCUCUGCCUAGACAACGUGUUGAGUUUGAGGGGAAGAGCAUCAGACAGCAUGCCACGAACACUCAAAAAGCCAAGAUACUUCAGCACAUCAAUACCCUCCGCCGCAGAAUUGAUACCUGGUCCCGUGUACAACUGCUGUAUAUGCCCUGUGUCUCCUGCCUGAGAUCGCCCGAUGACAUUACCUCCGAGGACAAGGUCCACAAGAUUCAUCUUUUUCUUCCUUCUUCGCUACCCUCAAGCUUCCCAUGCGACGUUCACUUGCUAAGGUAUGAAUGGGAUUUACGUAAAGCCCAAGAAAAUGAUGCUCUCAGCGAACUCCGCACUGUCAUCAAUAUGACCUACCACCUCUACAAGUACAAGGAUGCUUUUGUCCUAGGUCAGCGAAUACUCGUGCUCAAGGUAUUAUCCAUUCGGCUGAAAGCAGAAUCAAUGCAAUAUCGGUUGAGUACACUACUGCCAGAGAUGCGCUUGACGAAGGAUGCAGUCCCUCUCAAACACGAUGAAGGGAAGACAGUCAGCCAACAGAAUAUUUCAUGGAUAUGGAAAACGGCAGGGGUAUCCAACAAUCAGGGGGAAGGACUACAGGAUUCACUACGCGUGGAAUGGUGUAAGGCAAGUGCUCGAGCUCACCGGUGGGAGGAGGAAGUACUGCUUUUGCGUGAGGAAAUGCGCAAUGCUAGAUAG